AUGAAAUUCAUUACCAUUGCUGCUAUUGCUUCUAUUGCUGCUGUUGCUAAUACUGCUCCAGCUACCCCAACUGGUGUUGUUACUGUUUCCACCCAGUCAUCAGUUCCGCUUUUCCAAGAGAUCCAAGAGUUGGAGAAGGACGUCCAAACAAUUGUUCAAGACGUUCAAGCUGUCGUCCCAUUAGUUUUUGGUAGUGGUAAUACCACUUACCCCGAGGACCUCAAGGAAUUGAUCUCAGCUAUUUCCAAGUCUAUUAAAGAUGUUGAAGGAUUAGUUGAUGACAUUACAUCCGACCUUGGCGGUAUUUUUGGCCUCAAAAAUUAG